UCAGAGCAUUUAAUUAUAUAAGUUGAGUAAUAAUAAAUAAAGUGAAGUAUUAUAAAGUGGGCAGUGCCAUUCCUUUCUUUUGGUGUUAGAAUGACCAAUGACCAAUGGCCAAAAAGUUCAAUUUUGCUUUCAUCUGACCAUACUAUAGUCUCCCAAUAAUCCACAGGCGUCUCCAAAUGCUCUAUUGCAAACUGUAACUGAGCCUCAACUUGCUUUUUGUUCAGCAAUGGAGUCGUGGUGAGCGUGCAUGGAUGCCAUGGUAGUUUAGUGCAUUGCUUAUAGUUUUCUUUGAAACAAAAGUACCUGCUGGUGCAAGGUCUUCCUGAAGGUCUGCCCGAGUGGUUCUUGGCUCUUGGAGAACUCUUCUGAUUAUUCUUUGGACCCCCUCGAACAGGGAUCUUACGUGGAGCAUCUUAUCGUGGCUGGUUUAUGGUGAACUAAUGCUCUUUCCAUUUCCGGAUUAUGGCCCCCACAGUGCUUACAGGAACAUUCAGCAUUCUGUAAAUGCACCUACUGUAUAACCAUUCCCAUCAAAAUGUCUUUCAUUGAUAGGAUUGCGAAGAUCUUGAGAGAGUUCUUUGCUUUUGCCCAUCAUGGAGUCUUUCUUGUCUGCCUCCUGGAUAAUGAGGAGCCUUUAUAUCAUCAUAAAGCAGCCGAUACUGAUAGGGGGCAGGGUUUCUCCAUCAGUACUGAUGGAUUUCAGGUGUCCAGCCUUGAGGAGUUGGGUGUGGAAACAGUUGUACUGUCUUACGACCACCAAAAGGCCACAAUGAAAGUCAGUAAAGUGAGCAGUAAAGGAGCUUCAAAUUUUCUGGCCUCUACAGACACUGUCAACAAAUUUGCCCUCCACUUUAAAGCUUCUGCAGCUUCUUCCUCAGCCAUAUGUACCAUAAAGGAGCCAGUCAAUGUCUUGGUCAAGAGGGUGCAGGAACUGUUUAACCAGAAAUACAAGGACGUCGGGGGUGUGGGGAGGAUUCCAUACCAGUCUCUUCGAAAUCACAAUGUCACCAUUCAUGCUGCUGGAUUGCCCAAAGGCCUAACAUUGAAAAAGCCAUCUUUCUAUGGAAGGAAACAACUAGAGGACAUAAUGAAGGCUGAAGAUCAGAUUUCUUUCCAUAUAGGUGGAGAAAAUGGGGCACAAUCGCAGAACAAAAGUUGGAUCCAAGAUGGCCGACUUCAAAAUGGCCACAUGGUCACCACCCAUCUUAAAAAAAUUGCCCCCUCACAUAUACUAAUGUGCCACAAACAGGACGUUAAUUUUACCAAGCAUUUCCAUUUUAUUAAGGUCUAUCCAUAUAAAUGCCCCACCCUGUAGUAUUUGCUAUUGCUCUUAUUCACUACUUUGUGGCUGGGGCAUGAUAUUGCUUUCAUAAAGUAGCUUUGAUAUUGCUUAUAUAAACAUCUAAGGUAGCUCUACUAUACAGUAUAAAUAAAUACAUUACGUUACAAAUGCGUUGAUUACAGUGAUCAUUUGACAACUGUGGAGCUAACGAUUCAAUUUCCAGUUCCUCUGGCUUUCAAGCCAGUGUCCUUGAGCCGACACUGAACCACAAGCUGCUCUCUGUGUUGUGUCAUAAAUUGUAUGUUUCUUUGGAUAUAAAAACAAUUUCUAUCAUUGCAAGAUAGUGGUGUCUUUGAAUUAUUAAGUAAUGACUGUGGUGAUAACAGAGCUGACCCCUGUCCUCCAGAGUCAGUGUUCGUCUAGUGUUUUGACACUUGUGAUGUGCCAUGAUAAUCCACAGCUACUGAUAUGUCAAGCUUUCAGUGAAGGUUUCUGUGCUGAUUUCUUGUCCCCUCAGGUGGCCAUUGCGCUCAGGAGCCUGGUGAAAUGACCAGUAGUGUGGCAGUGGUGACAGUGGCAGAGGGUCUUUGUUGAAAUCAUCUUUUAUGUUCACACCCAUCUUUUAUGUUUUGCAUGGCCGUCACAUUCCAGAUCCACUAACUUUUUUUUACAUGCAGUACUGUAGAUGCAGCUAGACGUGACUCAUCUGGCCUCGACAUCUGCAGUGUCUGCCAUGCGCAUUUCAAAGACAAGCAAAGUAAUGCCUUAAAUAAAUGGCGACAGUGGCGUCAGUGCAGCUCAUGCCAGAGAUGGUCACAUUGGCUUGUGGUUUUAGGAACGUUAUGCAUACAUUGCCAGGAUUGAAAUGCAGUUUAAUCUAUGUUUGUAAUAAAAAAAAAAUAAAAAUGUUUGUGUAUCAGA